GUUUACGUGCCAAUAAUAUUAAUCUACGUUAUAAAACAGUUUUUCUUCAUAAAAUGACCAGCAAGAUAAGCGCAAAAUUUCUGGAAAUAUUUCGCAACCUCAAGUCAGAUGCCUUACCUCGACCACCAAGACCAGAAACAAAUGGGAACCAACCGACCAAUCCAAACAAUGAAACAGAUGAACAAAGUGAAAACGUGGAUUACUCGAACCCGGAAGAAGUUUUUGUGAGUCCCGGCAAUAACAAUAACAAGUCAAAAAGUAAAUCAAAGCCAAGAAAAUCCUCUUCCUCAUCAAACAAACAAAGUACUGAAGUGCCAGAAGAAGAAGUAAAUUCCACAGCAAGCAGCAAUGUUACGACACAAGCAACCGGAAAUGUCAUAAAUAUUGUUAACUCUAACAAUGUGCGAUGGGGCAAUGAGUUUGUGUACUACAUGGGUCCAGUUCAAGGACAACACGGACCCACUAAGCAGAGUACUACUGUUGAGGAAGAGGAUGACAAAAUUGAGAAGACUGACUUAAUUCAGUUGCUGUUGGAAUCUACUAAAAAGGCUGACCAUGAGUACUUGGAUUAUAUUUCUAAAAAUCUUGGCAAAACUUGGCACAGAUUCUUUAGAAAGUUGGGCUAUAAGCAGGGGCAGAUUGAAACAGUAGAAAUUGACAUGGCUAAGCAUGGAGUUGCUGAGGCCCGCUACAAGCUACUCCUGGACUGGAUAAGGAAUGAUGAUGAUGGGACUGUUGGUAGACUUGCAACCAUCCUCUGGGAGUGUGAAGAGAGACACAUUGUUAAGGAGCUAGCGGCUAUACAUAGCCAAAACUAACUUGUUACAAAAUUAUUGGAACUUUACAUAUUAUAUUAUGUGAAUGUAAAACCAUAAAAAUUUCACACAACUCUCACAACAUUCACAUAAUAUCUUUACAAAUAUUAUGUGAAUGAAAACUCAAUUAGACCUAAUGAAGUUUACAUACUUUUGACAAUUUAAAAAAUCAUAGUACCCUCUCAGACCAAAUAAAAAA